UGCGGCGGUGAGUGUGUCGGCAAUAACGGCGAGCUGUGCGCGGCGUGCCGAGGAGAGCAGAAGGAGGAGGGCAGGAGGAGGCCGGACAAGGCGGCGGAGGGCCUGGACUUCGACUUCGGGGCGCUGGGGCCCCCUCCGCCGUGUCCGUUGCUGUGUCGGCAGAAGGCCACGGACUUUACGGCCGCGAGAGAGAGGAAACGGGCGGGAUUUCUCGGACAGGAAGAAGUGCCGCUGCGGCCAGGACUGGGACUGGGACUCGGACUCACUCGCAGCGCCGGACCCAGCGCUCUUGCCAGAGCGAGCAGGAGGAUGCCCACACCGACGGAGCAGUGUCCAUUGAUGAUG